AUGCGACGUCGUAGAGGAUUGACGUUAUUGGACGAGAACAAAAGGAAAGUUCCGGUCAACAGUCUUGACGAUCUUCCUCCACUUAGCGGGUUUUCAUUUACCGAGGUCGGAGAGGCCCUUCGUGAUCACAGCCUUGUCGAACAUCAUGUAUUAUGGGCCACCUAUCUCCGAAACCAGUCUGCGUAUUCGAAAUCCAGCAUAAAUUUGGAUAUUCUUUUACCAAAUGGGUACAUUUAUUCUAUAUUGACACCACUUCAUUGGACACUGAAGCAUCUUAAAGAGCAAUUAUUAAAAUAUGUUAAGUAAGUAAUUUAUACUUUAUCCAUUACGGUUUAGAAUAUGGACCCAGGACUGUAACAUUGACGCAUCCUGUUUCAUUUUUUCGUCUGUCGGCGAUAACGGCGAAUGUUUGGAGUUGUAUGAUGAGGAGCGAAGUCUAGACACAGUUCACAUGUUCUUGCCAUUCUUAGUAAUGACAAAGCCCAGUGACAUUGACGAAGAAAUGAGCAUAACCGAAAAAAUUGAAAUUAUACUAGGCGAACCUUUGGUGGAUCUGGUUUCAAGGUUAAAUCCUGAACUCAAAAACUUUCGAUUGGAACUCUUUGAGUCGACUAAAAGAGCAGAUGAUGAACGGGGAACAUCAGGAACAUUUCAUUACGCGUUCCCAGAAGAAACUAUUCUUCCGAAUAUUGCUGACCGAGUUUUCAGCCCAAACUUGCACUCUGAAGUUCACGAAGAAGACGUUGAGUUUUGGUGGUAUCCUACAUUACCUUCAGAUGCUGACCAUAAAGCAAUGCAAGCGUUAAGGAAGAAGGUUGAGCGGUCUAAAAUUGGAAUUGAGAUUUGGUAUCGUGAAACGGAAGAAAGCGAACAAGGAGUUUCGGUGGGAAUUAAGGAUAUUUUUGACAAGAAACCAUGUGAUAUAAUUGGUGCAGCUUUGGAGAUUUUGGGCAGGGUAGGUGGGAAAGUACUUUCAAGAAUAUCCGGAGACAUACAAUUAACGCAUGGGUUUAGCGGGAGAAUCCAGCAGACUUUAUACUUCAAGUAGUUGGCCGAAAGUCCUUCAUAACCCUUCAUAAACCCAUUCUAAAGUUUGAAGUAAGUCACUAAUGACAUCUGAGUUAUUAUUAUAUAUUUAGUAUAUCCGGUCUUGUUUCGAGAACUACCGAGAGCCAAAACUGUUACUUCGAAGAAAGAAGACGAUAUUUUCCCAAUUUCCUCCCCCUCCGAAAAUAUUUACUGUAAGUGAAAGCCUCCUUUUAUAUCGUUGUAGCCGUCAUACAUCCGUUCUGACAGAUUUGCCCGUAAGUAUCCUUGCACCACCAAGGUGGCGCCAGUUUGUUUCUGGGAAAUGGAUCAAGUCCUCUCGAUCAACAUGCGUGGGAUCUCUAACGUGCAGGAAUACGACUCAGCAAAGAUAUAUGUAAAGGCAGUGUUGGCUGUGGGAAGACAUAUCCUUGACGUCAAAAGCACUCCUGCAGUGCCGUCCAAUGCUUUCAGGCAUUUUGUGUUUGACGUAGGCGAUUGCUUUUUAUUCACAAAUGUGUUUAGUUUAAUGUUUAUAUGAAAGAUGUUCCCGAAUCUGCUCAGAUGUGCUUCUUGUUGUAUAGUGCCAACAAGAAAGAGGUGGAUGAGGAACCAUUGGCAUACGUAAAUGUCAGGCUAUUUGAUUGGCGGAAUGUCUUUUGUCAAGGAAAGAGCACAUUUUACUUGAGGAGACCUCCAAAGGGAUCAUCAGUCGCAUCUGUCCUACUGUUACCAUGUGGUGGAAGUACAAGUCAUAAUUCUGUCCGUAUAGAAGUUGAGUUCCCCGAGAUCCCGGGAAAGGAGUUGGAAUUCCCUGAUUGGGAAGAGAUUGAAAAAUUUAACAAAUUUAUAAGGCUGCGCCGUGAUAUUAACGGCGAGAGCGAACGCUUGGAGCUGGAUCCAAUCCUCGUACGUUGAUACCUUGUAUUUAUUAGGUUGAUUCGAAAGUUUUUCGCCAUUUUUUCGGGACACUUCAAAACAAAAUUUCUAGAGCUUGAUAGAAUGUAUGUUGAAACUGAAUGAAAACAUAGAUGUAUAGGGCAGCCCUUCGAAAAAUUUUUUUUAUUCGUACUUGGGAAUGGUAAUAGUUUCUUGUGAAUUUAUUGCUUUUGUUAUAUCUUCUCUGGCAUUUUUUGUAGCGUACCAUAAAGUUAGCCGGGGAGCCGAGUUCUCCAUCGAAAGCAGAUUAUUUAUUUUUUUUGGAUGGAGUUAGGCGUUUUGACUCGGCUGCCAUUCAGGAUAUGUAAAUACAGCAUGCUGAUGAUACAUUAGAAAAUUCAAAAACUGAAGUUCUCCUAUAAGGUAGAAAGUAAGCAUAAACUGCAAUUUCAGGCGGCUUUUUGUAAUUUUUUUACUGGUAUGACAAGAAGAUCUUCAGCUUAGCGCGUCUUGUAACUGUUAGUGUAUACACUGCUCCACAAAAUUAAUGCACUUUUAAAAUCGCUGUAACUUUUGUGGUUGUCAAUAAAACUAUGCCACCGUUUUUCCUUGUAGCAAGGACCCCUAAGAAUACCAUCAAGCCCAAUAACUUACUUUGCUUCAGCACCAGCGGCAAGAAAAUUGCAAAACAUUGCGCGAAUUUAUAAUUUUGUCGCAAAGAAAAUCGAAGGGAGACUGAAUAUGAACUGACUGAAUAUGAAGGACCGAAUAUGAAGGACUGAAUAUGAACUGACUGAAUAUGAAGGACCGAAUAUGAAGGACUGAAUAUGAACUGACUGAAUAUGAACUGGGGUGCUGACUGAAUAUGAAGGACCGAAUAUGAACUGACUGAAUAUGAAAACCGGGUUUCUGUUACUGUUACUACCUAGGUUCCGAUUAAGGACUCUUUUUAAAAUUUUUUCGACUUACGACACCUUUAGACGUUAAUGGUGUUGUUUUGGUGCCUAGUACAGGGUGACCCAAAAUAACGGAGACAAAAGAUUUCCCGUUUUUUCUGCGACUUAUUAAGAUUCAUGAGUGACUCCUUAUUUAUAUUACAGUACCACGUUAGGGUAGUUUUAUUUACCGGUUGUUUUGUUGUACGACGCUCUUAUGUCUUGAACGACAUGAAUAUAUCCGGUUGACUUGGACCCUUCUGCCCGUGGGGUCUUUUUACAAGAAAGCUGCCUUACUCAAAAAAGAAGACUCGGGAUAGUUUGAGAUUUACAGUUAUUAAUUAUCAUAAUAACACCUUUAAAAUGAGCUAUCAUACUAAGUUUAACUAUCGAUGGCCCAAAAGUUACAGCCGAGUAUUUUCAGGCAGUUGAAGUGCAAAAAUCGGCGUUUUUUGAAAAUGUAAGCGCAACAAGGAGUUUAAAUGUUAAAUAAGGCAAAAUGUAAUAUGAGUUACUAGAACAUGAUUAAAGGAACACCACAAAAGCAAAAGAGAAAGAUUUUGCAACCGAUACGGAAUGCUAUUUGGUAAUCUAGAAUUCUGCCUUAUUUUUGCCUUACGCGGAAUACCGGUCGAGUCGGUGACACAUAAAGACCGAAAGUGCCCUAGGCUGAUUCUCAAGAGUCGUAUUCAUAAGUGUACAGGAGCAUAAUGCGCCAUUUUUAUCUAUCAUGUCAUUCUGUUAUCGAUAACCCAUCUUUCUCAAAGCCGCGUGCCACGGGGAAGUUCUGGGCAAUAAACUUGUUAAGGAAAAGCUGUUGCAACCAGCAAGCAAUCACAGAUUUUUUCAGAAUCAUUGUAUUUAUGAAUGGAACACGUACUAGCGGUUUUAGCUUGAUUCGAAAAAAACUGAAUUUUUUAUGGAAAAAAUUUGGGAAAAAUGGCGAUCUUCAAUGUUGAGAUCGGUAUCACCGUAGAAAUAAAAACCGUAGUCCAAAAGCCUACGUAACUGCUUUCUUAGGGACAUAGUAGUCUAACAAAACAAAAGAUCUUGCCAUUUCUGCGGCUGUAGUAAUGCCAGGCUUUACACAACACAAGGGAACCAAACUUGAGGGCCAAAAAGCGGCGCAAGGCAUAUUUGUUAAGCUGUAACUUUUUACUGCAACAUGAUGAUUCCACCAAACUUUCGUGGAUUAUAGAGAAGGUGUUAUAGAAUAUUUCCCGCUGUCGCUUAUGUUUCUCUAACGCCCGGUUUUCGCGGUGGGACCUUCAAAACUUUGUCUCCGUUAUUUUGGGUCACCCUGUACUGCUUAAAAAAAAACUUUUUUAACACUUGGUGCUAAAUAGUACUACCUGGUACUAUUUAGUACGAGGUGAAAAUUUGGCUGGUAAUGGUGUUGGUUUGGUGCUUAGUACAGCCCAAAACACAUUUAUAGCACUUGGUACUAUAUAGUACCAAUUGGUACUACUUAGUACGAGGUGAAAAUUUGGGCGUAAGGCGGUAAUGGUGUUGGUUUGGUGCUUAGUACAGCCCAAAAACACAUUUAUAGCACUUGGUACUAUAUAGUCCUUGAAAUAGACCAAAUUUGCCAAAUUUCAUAUUCAGUCAGCUCCACAGUUCAUAUUCAGUCAGUUCAUAUUCAGUCCUUCAUAUUUAGUCCUUCAUAUUCAGUCAGUUCAUAUUCAGUCAGGCACCCUACACUAAUACAUAUUGGAGCCAAAUAUGGCACAGUUUUAUCGAAAACCACAAAAGUUACUACGAUUUUAAAAGUGCAUUUAUAAUUUUGUCGAGCAGUGUAUGUCAAGUAGUGUCAAAUAUUUAUUAAACAAUUUGGAUAACAGGUGGCAGUAAUGAAAAAAAAAUUUUUUUUUGUAAAAAUUCCCUAAAAUUUGUAAAAUAUUGGCAUAUUUGAAAGAUUCAAUUUUUCUGUCAUAAAGCUAAAAGGUAGUGCGGAUGUUUCACUCAUACACUUCGAUGCCAGAAAAUGUUACCUCUUAGUGCUUCUGAUAGCUGCGAUUGCAGGGCCAACUUUUGCCAGAGAAUUUUAGAUUUUGAGCAAUAUAGAUUUUUCGACUAGCCUUGUGACAAAUUAGGCUCGAUGCCAUAGGGAUUACAUACAGGCAUACCAUAUUCUAGAAUAUUAAGAAGAUACAGCCAUUCUAGACGCAAGCAGUCCUCUUUCUAACGGCGUAUAUGUCAGGAACAUUGGCUUUGGUCGAAAUUUAAAAAAAAGUUUGUAAAGCAAUGGCGGGGAACUGUUGAAUCAACCUAAUAAUAUUCGGUGAAUGAAAUUGUCUCUUUUCUAUAAAUGGUUUUUAGCGGGGCUCAUCGAUCUUGGAACGGUUGCUAAAAUUACGAAAUGAAUUGGAUGGGGCCAGACUUUCGGAAGAAAACCAACAAUUUUUAUGGCGUGCCAGGUUUGUUGAGAUUUUUACGGCUUGUAUCAGCUCCGCUCUACUAAGGGCCGAAGGUGUCUUCCUCUUAACGUUGAAUUUUUUGGGUUUUUUUUUCGAAACCCAAAAAAAACACGAUGAGCUUAUCGUGUUGUCUGUCUCUCUGUGACACCCGAAUGACAUUUUUUUGUCGCUCCCAUUAUCGACCGGUAAAUGCCGAAAAAUCGAAAUUUCUCCGUCGUCUUUGGACUCACUGAUACAGUAUCCGGCUCUAAAGAAAUUGCGAGGUGAUUUUUCGACAUAAUCAAAAAUAUCUCGCGAGAGCGGAGUACCAUUCCUUCUUUAUUUUGAAUUGUUUUGGAUAUCAAGUAACUCCCUAAUUGACUAUAAAAUAGUUAGGCUUAGUUUGCUUAGCCGCUUAGGCCUAGGCGCUUAGGAUUUCUGUCCUUAAACGUUGCGCGCAAAUGCAACUUCGCUCGCACACCCACGUUGGGAAUGUAGGCUGACGAGUCGCGGAGCGACGUAGUCAGGCUACAUCCCAACGCAUCUUGUCACACACAUAACAUACCAGUUUUUUAACUAAAGUAGGGCGAAAAUUGAUGGUUUCGAUCAAAAAUUAAUGCUUUAUGGCCUAAUAACUUUCUCUUCGCCCAAUCUAGGGUGCAAAAAACUCAAUAGGCCAAACGACAGUACAUACACUCUAAGUUUAUUAGAAAUACGAAAGCAAUAAUUAGCGUCUUCAAGUAGGAAUUGGAAUCGGUGAGACAUUUUAGACCAUUCAAUUUUUUUUCCCGCCAUUUUUCGCGUCCACAACCUUCGGGCAAAAGACCUAAGCGGUUGUCCAGCAGUUCCUCGGAACGUUUUUCGCUUUAGGUACGCACCUCGUGCACCUGGAACAUUUAAUACUUACAAUACCAUCUCCCCCCUCCCCCUUUCAGCAUUUAUUGGUAAAAUACGUAUAAUAAAAGCAGGAAUUAUAGAUUGGGCUGGACUGGGCUAGCCUAGGCUGGAUUGGGCUAGGCAGGACUGGGUUUGGCUGGACUGUGCUAGCUGAGGCUGAUUUGGGCUGUGCUGGAUUGGGCUGGACUAGCCUAGGCUGCUCUGGGCUGGGACCUGAUAUAUUCCAUUGAGAUAUUACCAUUCACAUUAAACUGCAUACAUUCGUAUAUAAAUAUAUAUAUUUGUUGGUUUUGUUGUGUGCGAUUACUCUUUAUGAUGUGUAUGUUCUUCCUGUGAAAUCUUUUAGGAGGUUUUUUCCACAGAAAUGUCGAUUUAAAAAAAUUUUCCGCUUUAAUUGCCCAAAUUUUCAUUCUAAAGCCAAUUCGAAAUUUCAUUUUGGGGUUUCCUCACAAUGUCAAAAAGUGAGAUGCUCAAAUUAUUUUCAAAUCUUCUUCUCGAUUCCACGGUCGUUUUGUUUCAACCAAACCCUGCGACAAUAAAAAAAAGCAAUUUGAAUAUUCAUAAAUUAAAACACGAUUUUUGAGUCACUGCGUCAGCCAGUAGUGGGGCCCGGUCUUAGGAAAAAAUCGAUUUUGAGAUUUUUGGCUUAAAAUAGUCGGUAGCACUUGCGUAAGAAAAGCUAAAAAUAUUUUUGCAUAAUUUUGCCCGGAAGGCAUAUUUUUUUACAAAAUACGUUUUUACACUUCAAAGCCUCUGGAGGCCGAUGUGAUCCGACCACAGAGAUCAAACCUGGCAUACAGGGGUUUUUGACACCCAGGAAUAUGAAAAUCGUAGCAUUUUUACCGUCAGAUUGCUGUAACAUGGUCAUACUGUAAUCCGGUCGAUAAAAAUCGACGAUAACUUCUUUAGAUCAAAAAUGCCACAGGAUUUUAUUGCAGAUUCGGAAUCAGCAUAAAAUUCUGCUUCGGAUACAUGUAACAUAUGUUCAAAAUUCCGUGGCCCAACCUCUGUAGUAUAGUGGUUGUGCGCCAGGAUUAUCAAUCUGGCGACCCAGGUUCGAUUCCCGGUGGCUGCAAAUGGCAGAAAAUGGACUGUAAAAGGGCGGAAACUUGGAAAAAAGGGAAAAUAAAUUACAGAAAAUUAAUUUUAUGCUAAUUAGGAGCAGUUUAAAAGUUUUUGCAUGAAUUCCGCAUAAAUUACGGGUUUUAUGGAAAACGGCUUAUAGCUUGCCGGAAAGUGGAGCAAUCUGGUUAAAAUUUACAGAAGAGGUUACUGAGGCUUCCUACUACGAGAUAAGUCCAUUUCUGCUUAUUUCCUUAAAUUUUUGGGAUAGCCUGGGGUUUCUUUCAAAUUCGGGAUUUUAAGAAGGCGAGCUGCGGCCGAGGUUUAUCGAACGGAACAAUAUUUGACCAAAAAGUCAUAUAAGAUUCACAAAAAGUCAUAUAAGAUUCCCUAACAGCACCGGGAUCACACAGCUUGCAAAACUUAGGCCGUCUUGCGUAUCCCACAAAAAAUGGAGCGCGUGGACGCUCUAAUGAUAAAUCUACAUGGAGACUCAGUUGGUAAGGAACAGAGGCUAAACUACGGGACUGUAACAUGCGUGCUUCCAUCUGAAAAUUAAAUAACUGUUUUAUUUUGUUUUGCAUUGCAUUCCUCGGCGGAUAUGAUGAAAAUUGGAUAGCAAGCGUUAUGUAGAUUCACCACAACUCUUUAGUUGCCGUUUGGGGCGAUCUUACGGCGCACAACCACUAUACUACAGAGGUUGGGCCACGGAAUUUUGAACAUAUUUUACAUGUAUCCGAAGCAGAAUUUUAUGCUGAUUCCGAAUCUGCAAUAAAAUCCUGUGGCAUUUUUGAUCUGAAGAAGUUAUCGUCGAUUUUUAUCGACCAGAUUACAGUAUGACCAUGUUACAGCAAUCUGACGGUAAAAAUGCUACGAUUUUCAUAUUCCUGGGUGUCAAAAACCCCUGUAUGCCAGGUUUGAUCUCUGUGGUCGGAUCACAUCGGCCUCCAGAGGCUUUGAAGUGUAAAAACGUAUUUUGUAAAAAAAUAUGCCUUCCGGGCAAAAUUGGGCAAAAAUGUUUUUAGCUUUUCUUCCACAAGUGCUACCGACUAUUUCAAGCUAAAAAUCUCGAAAUCGAUUUUUUCCUAAGACCACCGCUGGUGCCCUGACUCAAAAAUCGUGUUUUAAGCGAAGCCAAAAAUUUUCAAAUUAGCGUUGAAGGCAAGAAGCUUUAAAAAAUUAAACUUGUAGAGAUUAUAAUUUUUGAAAUCAAAGCUUUGCAAAAUACGCAUUGUUCAAGUACAAUUUUUUAUGAUACGAAAUGCUUUUAUUGUUUCGUUUUUGGAAAAUGUCGGAUGCUAUGGCCCGCUAGUCUUCCGAAAAGUUUGUGGCAGAAAACAACUUUAUUUUGCCAUCAGGUGGAGAUAGCAAACAAAGAGUUCAACAAAAAUUCUUUUGCAUAAUAUUCUAAAGUCGCCCAUCGUCGAAUUCUAAAAAACAAUGUAUACUUCUUGGGAAGCUGCAAAGAGGACAUAGAUAAUCGUAAAAAGUUUUUGCCAUAUUUCUUGCAACACCCUGUAUAAUAGGUACCACAGGGGGAAAUGAACAACGCCAUGAUUCUACCAAGUUUUCAUGGAUUUUAGAGAAGGUGUUAUAGAAUAUUAUGCGAUGUCGUGUGUUUCUCUGACGCCUGGUUUUCGCGGUAGGGCUUUUUUAAAAUUUGUCUCUUCUAGGGAGUUCGGUGACAUUUUCAAUAAAUGAGGAACCACAUUCUACGAAAAAGUAUACUACAAAUAACCCUGCUUUCAUUUUUGAGCGAAAUCUGUUCGAGUAGAACAACAACGUUUCCGAAUAUCUGUUGGUUUGACCUUAGCUUAAUCAUGCUUUUUUUAGAUUUAAAAUCCAAGAGCUGUUUCCUCAAAUGAUAUUAAUUCUGGCCGACUCUCCAAUUGUGUAUAAAAGUAGGGAACGUUUGUGCGAGUUCUACAGUUUGCUCAAUUCUUGGCCCCAAUUGUAUGUGGACACGGCUAUAGAAUUGCUAGAUGCUCGUUUCUCGGAUCGCUACGUCAGGGCUUUCGCUGUCCGUCAUCUGGAUAAGAUCAUUGACAACGAUCAAAUGCAACUCUAUUUGUUGCCUUUGGUUCAGGUAUUUCUAUUUUUGUCAUGUGUUGAUUCUUUAAGUGUUUACGGUAUGAGCCGUAUUCGACGUCUCCAUUGGCAGAUAUGCUCGUUAGACGUGCUUUGAUGGAUUACAAAGUCGGCCACACCUUUUUCUGGUUAAUACGAUCCGAGUUGUCGCUCUUUCUGUCUGAUGAUCCCAUGAAUCUCAAGUGCAGAUUUUCGUUGAUGUGUGAAGCCUAUUGUAGAGGGAAUGCACUUUAUCUCGAUUCUAUGGCCAAACAAGUGGUCAUGGUGAACAAAUUGACUCAGUUAAGCUCCUGGGUAAAGAAUAUUAACAAAGAUGUCGCAUCUAAGGUAGUUGUGUAAAGUUGGUCUUACUAUUUUUUUUUGUAGAAACUAAGAACAGAGCUCGUUAAUUGGAUGGAUGGUAUGCAAAAUAUGCCUUCUCCACUGAAUCCAUGCGAAUGCUUGGGAGAGUUGGUGUAAGUCGAAGAGGCUUCAGGCUGAUAUAAAUUUCAGAUUGGAUGCAUGCAAAGUUCUGGGAAGUGCAAAGAUGCCAUUGCGGUUACGGUGGAAGAAUCCAGAACCUUUCUCUUCGCUAACAAAUCCCGUUCAUGAAAUAAUUUUUAAGAAUGGAGAUGGUAAUUGAAUUUAUUUGACAUCAAAAUUGCUUCAGACUUGCGUCAAGACAUGCUAACCCUCCAAGUAAUGCGGAUCAUGGAUGCCAAGUGGAAGAACUACAAUAUGGAUUAUUGUUUAACUUUGUAUGAGGUUUUGCCAAUGGGAGAGAAUGUGAGACGAACGUGAAUGUUACUUAUUAUCUUUCAGAUCGGGAUGAUUCAUGUUGUCCAACAUUGUGCUACUUUGUUUCAAAUUCAAUGUGCAUCUACCCAGCUAGGUUCUACGUUCUCGAUGGACCAGCAGCUCAUAAAUAAGUAUAUUUAUGAUUUAUGCACUGAAGAAAAGGUCCUUAACUCAAAACAAUACAUGGAAUGCGUGGAUCGGUUCUCGUUUUCUUUGGCUGGAUAUUGUGUAGCUACUUACGUUCUCGGUAUUAGGGACAGACAUCAAGAUAAUUUAAUGCUGGCCAACGAUGGCAGGGUAGGGAAUUUACAGUUACUUUGUCACGGAUGGUAUCUUUAAGCUUUUCCACAUUGAUUUUGGUCAUAUUUUGGGGCAUAACAAAAAGAAACUUGGGAUUAACAGAGAAAGAACUGAGUUUAUCCUUACUGAUCACUUCCUGCGUGUUGUUUCCCAUGGCAAAGACGACUUUAAAGGAUCUUACAUGUUCAAGACGUAAGGAAAUCGCCUAAACUAGUAAGAUUUCUUUUAGAUUUCGGGAAAGUUGCGCCCAGGGAUACCUUGUAUUGCAUUAUCAUCGGAGGUUUUUUCUGGCUCUUUUCAAAAUGAUGAGAUGCAUGGGUCUACCGGAGUUGCAACGAGAUGAUGACAUUGAGUACCUCUUCACUUCAUUGCAGUAUGAUCAGGUUGAGCGGCAAAACAUUCUCAACAAUUUCUUCGAAGUGUUUGAUGGGGUUGUGAAACAUGAUUGGUCUACUACUGUAAAUUGGUUUUUCCAUUCAGUAAAGCAUCACAAAUAG